CCAAAUUGACACGCCUCCUUGGAGGUGUGGAAACGUUUGUAUUUCUGAAACGGUGUGAAUGGACCUCUGAAUCCCAGCGCCAACAUUUAUUUUGGAUUUGACAUUUCAAGAAACCUCCCCACACAUUCGUUAGUGGUUGAAUGCGUGGUAAGCCUUUUAUUUUGACACAAGGGAAACCACUCUGCAACGUGACCACUCUGCCACGCAAAACGCGUGGAGGCGGAGCUAAAUAUUUGAAAGUGGCGGGCACGACGAGAUCCAUGACAAACACCCGACUGAAGUUACCUUUUGGAGAAGACUAAUCAAACGUCCACAUGCCAAAGGAGGAUGAUAAGUCGAUUCCCGUGAGGGUUGCCCUGCGGUGUCGACCUUUGGUUACCAAAGAAAUCAAUGAAGGUUGCCAGACUUGUCUCACUUUCGUUCCAGGGGAGCCACAGGUGAUUGUUGGCACUGAAAAGGCAUUCACAUACGAUUACGUGUAUGAUCCUGCAAGUGAACAAGAGGAAGUCUUCAACAGUGCAGUGUUGCCUUUGUUGUGUGGUCUUUUCAAAGGCUAUCAUGCUACUGUGCUUGCAUAUGGACAGACGGGUUCAGGGAAGACCUUUUCAAUGGGCGGAACCUAUACGUCAGCCCAGGAGAACGAGCCCACUGUGGGCGUCAUCCCCCGGGUGGUCAAAUGGAUCUUCCAGGAAAUGGAGAAGCGUACAGACUGUGAAUUCUCUUUGUCAGUGUCUUACCUGGAGAUCUACAAUGAAGACAUCUUAGACCUCCUUUGUCCGUCGGUAUCUAAAGAUAAACCAUCAGCCAUCAACAUUCGGGAGGACCCCAAGGAGGGCAUAAAAAUCAUUGGCCUCAUUGAAAAAGAGGUCUUCUCUGCCCAAGAGAUGGUGGGCUGUUUGGAGCUGGGGAACUCCGCCCGUACUGUGGGCUCCACCGCCAUGAAUGCUGCGUCUUCUCGUUCACAUGCCAUCUUUACCAUCACGCUGGAGCAACGCAGGGGGGUGGACAAGUCUGAGAAUGUGGUGUCAAAACUCCACCUGGUGGAUCUGGCUGGGUCCGAGAGGCAGAAGAAGACCAAAGCUGAGGGAGAUCGUCUGAAAGAAGGCAUUAGCAUCAACCGAGGCCUGCUCUCUCUUGGGAAUGUGAUCAGUGCCCUCGGUGACGAAAGCAAGAAAGGAUCCUUUGUCCCCUACAGGGACUCCAAACUGACCCGCCUGCUGCAGGAUUCAUUGGGAGGUAACAGUCACACAUUGAUGAUUGCGUGUGUCAGCCCUGCGGACUCUAACAUCGAGGAGACCCUGAACACGCUGCGGUACGCUGACAGGGCUCGCAAGAUCAAAAACAAGCCAGUGGUCAACGUGGAUCCUCAAGCUGCUGAAAUGAAACGCCUGAAGCAGCAGGUCCAGGAGCUACAGGUGAUGCUUCUGCAUGCACGGGGGGGUGUGGCCCCAGUGCUUUCUGGGCCUGAGCCGGUGGAGAAUGUGUCCAAGAUCCUGGAGAGGACGCGUGCCCUGCAGGAGGAGAACAACAAGCUGAGCCGUGCCCUGAGCGAGGCUGCGGGCCAGACGACCCUGAUGAUCGAGAAGGUCAUCAUGGCCGAGCUAGCCAACGAGAAGCUGCAGAGCAAACUGGAGGAGUUGAAGCAGCACGCAGCCUGUAAAGUGGACCUGCAGAAGGUCAUGGAGACUCUGGAGGACCAGGAGCUGAAGGAGAAUGUGGAAGUCAUCCAGAAUCUGCAGCAGGUUAUCAUGCAUCUCCAGGAUGAGAGUGCCGGUCUGGCAGCCACCAUUGAGGCGUUGGCUGCAGACUGUGGGGCUGAAGGAGAGGGAAGCCCUAAUGCCUCCUGCAGCGACGACACCCCGACCACUAACUCUCCUUCAGCUGUUAUUGACAAGGACUCAGAGGGCUUUACUACCCAGCAUGCCCUGCGCCAAGCCCAGAUGUCAAAGGAGCUGAUUGAGCUCAACAAAGUCCUGGCUCUAAAGGAGGAGUUUGUCAGGAAGAUGUGCCAGAACGACAGCCACCUGGAGCCAAUGCAGACAGAGCACCAGAACAACAUCACAAGCCUGCAGAUGUCAGUGGGCACUUUGCAGAAGGAGAAAGAAGACCUGAUCCUGGCUCUCCACUCUGCCAAGAAGGACGUCAAUCAGGCUAAGCUGAGUGAGCAGAGGAGGAAGCGUCUGCAGGAGCUGGAGGGUCAACUCACCGACAUGAAGAAGAAGCUCCAGGAGCAGUCCAAGCUCCUCAAGCUCAAAGAGUCCUCGGUCCGCAACGUGGCCAAGCUCAACCAUGAGAUUCAGGCUAUGAAGAGCCAGCGUGUGCAACUGAUGAGGCAGAUGAAGGAGGACUCUGAGAAGUUCCGAGUGUGGAAGAACAAGAAAGACAAGGAGGUUCUUCAGCUCAAGGAGAAGGAUCGUAAAAGGCAGUUCCAGAUGGUGAAGCUUGAGAGUGACUUCCAGAAACAGGCAAAUGUCCUUCGUCGUAAAACUGAGGAGGCCGCUGCAGCCAACAAGCGUCUUAAGGACGCCCUGCAGAAGAGGAGUGAGGUGGCCGAGAAACGGAAGGAUGUCCAGAACAGAGGGAUGGAGGGAGCUGCUGGAAGAGUGAAGGCGUGGCUCCUGAACGAGGUGGAGGUGCUGGUGAGCACAGGGGAGGCGCGGCGCCACCUGCAGGAUCUGCUGGAGGACCGUAAAAUCCUGGCGGAGGAGAUCUCCCAGCUCAAACAGCAGAUGGAGGCAGGGGUGAAGCCCGCUGCCAAAGUCCGGCGUCGGACCCUCAUCAUCUCUGAGCUGGAGAGUCGGGGAGAGCUGGAAGCGUCUCUCAGCAAACAGGUGGACAACCUGGAGACAGAGAUCCAUCUACGGAGUGCCCAGAUAGCUGACCUUCAGCAGAAGGUUCUGGAUGCAGACAAUGAGGGACGGUUGAAGCAGCGUUGGGACAACAUCACUACAUUAGUGGAGGCCAAGUGUGCUCUCAAGGUCCUCAUGUCAGAGCUGGUGUCUGCCAAAACAGCCAGUUCCAAGCUGGAGAGUGAGCUGAAGCAAGAGAAGAGCAAUGUGCUGGACCUGCAGAAGACUCUGUGUGACGAGAGGAAGCUGAUGUCCACUAUGGACAUGGAGCACCAGCACCACCUGGUGGAGUUGGAGCAGAGCCACCAAGAGAAGGUCCUGUACCUCCUGGGCCAGCUGCAGAGCAAGCCGAAGGAGAAAAUGCAGGAGGAGGAGACUUCAAAAAGAGAGAGGGAGCUUCUGCAGCGCCUCAAAUUCCAGGAGGAUGAGAUUGACAAGAUGCGGGAAUUGAAUGAGCAGAACCAGAGGCUAAUGGAGGAAAACGAACAAUACAAACAGAAACUGACACUUCUCCAGUUGGCCAGCGGGAAAAGGCUCAACCACCCGCCAGCCACCACUCAGUCCCCAGAUGACUCCUUUGAGUAUAAACCCCCAAAGCCUAAAGGCCGGCGGUUCACUACAGCCAGGGCUCCUCUGAAGAUCGAUAUGGAAGAAAUCGAGUCUGCCUCUGAGUCAGACCAGGAGGACGAGGAGGACGACUGGUGUCCUGAGAAGAAUGACAAAGGCCAUAACAGAAAACACUCCAAUGUCAAGAAACCCAAGGCAACAGGGUGUGCUUGUAAGGGUCGCUGUGGCAACAAGCUGUGUCGAUGCCGUAAGGGAAAGAUGACCUGUGGGGAGAACUGCCAGUGUGACCAGGAGAAAUGUCGCAACAUGGACAGCCAAAAGUCUAGUAUAGACUCCAGCGUGUUCCAUGAUGAUGAUGGGUCCAAGGACUCGGUUUCUAUUCCUGAAGAUCCUACAGCCAUUAGUCCCGGGGAUGCCACGUUUUUUAAACCGCCCUGUGUCACUCCUACUAAGCUUGUGAGGAAGACUGUCUCUGUCGCUGAGGAAGAGGAGGAGGAGGAUGAAGACGACGAGCGGAACACGGCCAGCUUCUUGAAGAAAAAGAAACGAGUCCUUACUAGCUUCCAGAACAGCUUUUUUUCUGCAUGUACCCCCAUCAGAGAAGAGUCUUAGGUUGGGAACAGCAAGUUUGUGUGGAACUAAUUUAAACCCUUAGCCUCUGCUAUGAGGUAGUCCUUCCAUCUGUUCCUUUUGUGUGUUUUUGUCCGUGUUAGUCAUUUUCAAAGUCUUUUUAAAUGUCCUUCGUUCUUUCUUUGUACCAAUUUUAAAUUACACAUCACUCUUAUCUGUCAGACUCUUAGAGGGCACUGGAAAAUUCACUUUACUGUGAACUGCCUUACAUUUUCUAAUUAUGAGGGCUGAAAUGCACUAACAAGCUGAUCAAUCAGAUGAUCAAAUUAAGGAAUUAUUUUCUCACUUGAAAAUGUAUUAGGUUCUAUGUAACAGGCUUGUUUUUUUAGAAAUGUUAUACAUAAUAAAUAAUUCAGGACUUUUCUGAUGUGUAAAAUGUUUGUUCCAUAAGGAAUCUCUAGUUCUUUACUUAGUCUUCAGACGUUUGUCAAAUCAAGAGACCCCUUUACUCUAUUAGUUUGAAAUGUAGUCGGUAUCCACAAGGCAUUAUUGCAGUGUUUCUGCUGUACUCCAAGCCUUUGUAAUGCUACAGUCCAAAGGUAACAAUCUACUCCGGAGUGCUGGUAAGUGAAAGAAAUCUAUCUAUAUAGAGGCAGUUUUGUCCCAAAUUCAAAAUGUCGGUGUUUACGAAUGAGCGCUUUUGAAACCUAUGCUGAAAUUUAUUCCAGCCCCGGGUGAUUUGGAUGAUAAGAUUCUGGAAACAUUUAAGGGGAGACCAAAAAUGACAGUCUUGUGAUACCCUGUUAUCAGGCAUUAGUAAUUCAUAUCAUUAAUUGCCUGAAACAAUUGUAUCUAGCUAUUUGUCAUUAUGGUUAUGGUUCACACAGUAUUAGUUUGUUUUAGUAUCCUCUCAAAUGGAUAUGUUCUGAUAGGUUACUGAUGAGGCCGUGUUAGGGAGAUGUUUGUGUUGCGUCUGAACAGAGCUCAUAGGGGAAGAAAUGUGACUGCACCGCACAGUCUGCCAACUGACUCAAAUUUAAUGGGGUCCAUGUCUGCAGAAAAUCAGCCCGAGUUCAGGUAUGCUUAAUCCUCUGUCCUGAAUAUGAAUGUCAAGGCUGUGGAGCCAACCAGUUGUUGGGUUUCUAUGGAUGAAUGGCUGGGAGGCAUCACUCCACUGAGGGUGACCAUAAGCCCCAACCUCUGAUGUUUUUAAAUACUUUGCUGGUUCUGUCCAUCACAGACUCUAUAGCACAAUUUAAUUGUGAUUAAAAAAAAAUCCAACCCAUAGCUACAUAUUAAACAGUAUUCUGUGUAAUUCUUUCGAUCAUGCUAUUUAUGAAAUGUUUUGUGUACAUGUCCGUAUAGUGGUGUUAAUGUGAAAUAUUGUAGUCUGAAGUCUGAAUUGGUCUAUUGGCUGCCUCUUGUAUUGGUGAAAAUUGAAUUAGUGUAGCAUACA